UUCUCUCUUUGUUUUCAAUCUUUCAAGGUCAUGCAAGUCAGUUUGCUUUCAGCAGGUUUGAGCUGUUGAAAGGGCGUUUCUGGGUGGGAUUACUUCCUUUCUGUGUUGAUUCCUUCAAUGGCAUUUACUUCAAGCAAGGUCCCAAGUGGCUCGGUUGUGACUAAGAAUUUUGUUCACACUAGGCUGCAUAGUAGAAUCUAUCCUAUAAGUCGAGGGUUCGAGCGUCGGACACUGAGAAAUACACCUCUUUUGUUGGCAAAGUUGAGUUUCCCGAGUGAACGUUCGGGAAGCAUAUAUGAGAAAACAGGUGGUUCUGCUAUCACACGAGGAUCUUCCAUUAUAUGCUUGUCUUCAAGAACUUGUAAUUCCGAAGCUACCAAAUCUGUUAAACCUUGUACUGAUUGCCCUGAUGCAUCUGGUGGAAUAAUGAGGUUGGACGCCCGUGCUCGUCGGGAUGUGGCUAUUCUUGGGUCAGGAUUUCUUAAACUCGAUGUUAGGGCAAGAGAAGAUACGGAAAAGAUCGACCGAGGUGUGAAGAAAAAGGCUGAAUGUCUUCAUCAUAUUGCCACUGUCUUAAGAGACAAGGCACAAUCUAGAUUGAAAACUGCAGCUGAUAAACAUUGGAGUGAUGGUGCAUUGGAGACUGAUCUGCGCCGUGCUGACUUCCGUGCUAAGCAGCGUGCAAUGGAGGAGGCCUUAAUGGCUUUGGAGUUUAUGAAAAAUAUUCAUGACAUGAUGGUGAGCAAGGUGUACAAAUUGUAAGUUCCUUUCAUAUUGACAAGUUUCCACUGUUGCUUUCCAUUUCUUUUUUCC